CCAAGAGGGUGGAAAGCGGGAAGUCUUCGGGUCGUCGUUGCUCGCAGCACCCGGGGGAAGGCGUUCAUCGCUACGUACGUCGCCUCGGCCGGCCGCUCCGGAGCGGUGCAAAGGUGUGCGUGGGGGCGCGGGAGGGUUGGCUUCUUCGUCGCUCUUCCCCCCUUUCCCGCACAGCUCGGUGGUGCGGUUCCGGGUCAGGUCUAAGGCGAGGCGGUGUGAAGUACUGUCAGUGCCGUGCUGCGAGGUUCAGCCCAGUGCCGGUACCGGGAGCCGCCCCACCGCCAUCGCCAUGGAGCCCCAUCGCUGGCUGCCUCUGGAGGCCAACCCCGACGUCACGAACCAGUUUCUUAAACAGUUAGGUAUACAUCCUGACUGGCAAUUUGUAGAUGUUUAUGGUAUGGAACCAGAACUGCUUAGCAUGGUGCCAAGACCUGUCUGUGCAGUGCUACUUCUCUUUCCAAUAACCGAAAAGUAUGAAACCUUCAGAACAGAAGAAGAAGAGAGAAUAAAAGCUAAGGGACAAGAUGUCAAAUCAUCAGUCUAUUUCAUGAAGCAGACCAUUAACAAUGCUUGUGGAACAAUUGGGCUAAUUCAUGCUAUUGCAAACAACAGAGAUAAAAUGAACUUUGAAACUAAUUCUUCGCUGAAGAAGUUCCUAGAAGAUUCGUUAUCUAUGACUCCUGAAGAGAGGGCCAAAUAUCUAGAAACUUAUGAAGCUAUUCGUGUCACUCAUGAAUCCAGUGCGCAUGAAGGUCAGACUGAGGCACCAAGUAUAGAUGAAAAAGUAGAUCUUCACUUUAUUGCAUUAGUUAAUGUAGGUGGUCACCUCUAUGAAUUGGAUGGGCGCAAGCCAUUUCCAAUAAACCAUGGGGAAACUAGUGACGAUUCUUUUUUAGAGGAUGCAAUAGAAGUUUGCAAGAAAUUCAUGGAACGUGACCCAGAAGAAUUAAGAUUUAAUGCAAUUGCACUGUCUGCAGCUUAAAAGCAUCCAGUGGGGUUAAUCUGUUGCAAUGUAUUGUAACAAUAAAACUGUUGCCAUAUGUUAAUAAUACAAAUUUUGAUACUUCCCUAACAUGUUGAUUAAUUGUAGCAUACAUGGAAUAAACUUUGCAUUUGUCCUUGCGAUAUCUUCCUGCUUGUUCCUAAAGCAACUUUGGAUAUUAUAUACACGCAUAGCAUUUUGUGCAAGACUUACUAUGUGGUGGGUUUUUUUCCUUUCCACCCCUUUAAAAGUUUUGGGAAUUACUGUCUGUGAUAUUUCAUCAUAAUAAUGGUGAGUUAGUUCAGAGCAGGACUAACAUUUGUAUCAUUCACAGAUAACGUUUUGAGUGAUGUGGUAUGUUAGUGGAUAAAAAUUUGAAAUAUGAGGCUAUCUCCAUCUUUUAAUUAGAGUGAUACAAGAAUAUUAUAAGAACUUUUGCAGGUGACUUGAAAGACAAAGUGCAUUAUUUAUAAAUAAAUAUAUGGGGAAAAAAAGACAGAAAAAGGACUGUUUCUUCUUACUUGGUGAGCACUAACAUUUUAAAAUUAUGUUAAGCUUUACAUUUUGCAUAAAACUUACUUCUGUUUCGCAAGCCUAAUAACGUUAAUAAAUUGUCAAAAAGCUUUAGUUAAACCAGUGUUUGCUAUUUGUAUAUGUGGGAAAACAACAUGGAUUUUUGCCCCAGAAAAGCCACACUAGGAAUUAAUGUUCAAACAGUAGGACUGUGGAGGGAACACACAGGUGAACACAGCAAUGUGAAGUAUCUCACCUAACUGAAAUAAAUGAUAGAAAAGUAAUGAUUGCUGUAAUGAAGUUUUGUGUAACAAGAACAGGACCAGACUAUAGAUUUUAAGAUAGCCGUGAUGGUCAUUUUUUUUUUUUUUCCUUUAGGAAAGUAAGUUUGUCAGGUGGCAUUACUGAAUGCUAUGUGAUACCCUUCCCCUGUGCCAUCCUUCCCACCCCACUCACUGGAUCUUAAGGUACUGUUGACCAACUUCUACACUUGAAUUAGUAACAACUUGGUUGUGUUGGGGGUUGGGGUGGUUUGGUUUUUUUGGCUAGGCAAUCUUAUGCUUUCGGGUUCUUGUGAAGGUUAGUUUUGUUUAAUGUGCGUGUUUUUGACAUUCCAGAAAAAUAUUCCUUAUUUGUUGCUUUGAAGUGAAAUAAUUCCGGUUUGCUUCCAAUCAAGACCGCUGCCAAAGGAAACUAAACCCUCUGUGUCUCAGAGGGUGCUUUCAUUCUCUCUCAAUUGUCAUUGCAGGAGAAACGAAUGGUGUUAUGCCAGAAGCAAUCUGGCAGAGUUUUCCCUCUUUAUAGAAAAGAAAGAGGCCUGGGAGUCUGUCUUAUCACUUAAGAACAUCUUUUGCACUCUAAAGAAAAAGUCGGAGUGUCUGUCUAAAACAUGUCACCUGGAGAGUCCACUAACAAAAAGAGUCUGUUUUCUAUAAGGGAGCUGGUUGGAAAAGUGAAGGGGAAGAACAACACUAAUGAGAUUCUAUUUUUGAGCACUUUUUCACCCCAGUAAAAUGCAGUACCUUUAAGACUUGCUUUAUGUUGCUAUGCUCAUUAGUAAAGCCAUGAAACUUGCUUUUAAAUAAAAAACAAAGGCUUUAGUAACCAAACCACUGUCUUCCUGCUAAUAUCAGAAAAAUCAAAUAAAAGCUGUCACAAUUUAA